GCAGAUUUGAAUUUUGCGCCCAAAAAAAUGGAAGCUGUUCAAUGAUACCGGUAUAUAAAGAAACCCCUUGGACUGAAAACUUCUGCCCUCAGGUUGUCUUCGAAUUUAAAAUUCCAACUCACGAUUUUACCCACUCGUUCGAGAGUCCGACAUGCCAGCAUCAACGGCCCAACAGCUCGUGGCUCUGAUUGGCCAAGCAGUCCAAGAGAUCGAAGCGGAUAUCGGGACCCAGAUCCCAGGGGGGACGAUCAGCAACCUCAACCUGCCAAUAGUUGCUCGAGAAGACGGAUUGGAGGCGAGUGGGAGACGGAGGGAAGGAUUGAAAACCUUGCAGGCGGCCACGCACCAAUUGCUAUCGACUCUGAUGCCAUCAGACUUGUACAUAUUCGACACCUAUGCAUCUUUUUUCCAGAAGACGGCCAUCGAUACUGUGGUCGGUGCUGGGAUCCCAGACUUGAUCCACUCGCUCGACCCCGACGCCAGUCAGGGUGGCGUCCAUGUCCAAGUGCUCGCCCAGAAGACUCAGAUGGACUCCCGCAAGCUGUCCCACAUCCUCCGAUUCCUUGCCCUGCGUAACAUCUUCUGCGAAUUAACUGAAAACCAUUGGGCCAAUAAUCGACAUUCUUUCCCGCUACGCACCGAUUCAUCUAAUAGUGUUUUGAAUGCUCUGGGUCACAUGAGAGAGGAAAUCGCACUGCCCGCCUUGGUCCAACUUCCUCAGCUUUUGUUGGACAAGCAAGCUGACGGCGCUCUCAGCAUGGAUCCUCAGCAUAGUGCCUUCCAAAAGUAUUACAAGCCCGGGUGUAAUUUCUUCGAAUUCUUGGCCAAGUCGGAUGGUGGUUAUCGAGCAGAAAGGUUCGGAAAAGCAAUGUUUGAAAUGACUCAAGCCAUUGGCACCGGGGAAGCAGUUUAUCAAGCCUUUGAUUGGCAGAAGCUUGGUCCUAGCGGUACCUUGAUUGAUGUUGGUGGCGGGGUUGGCGCGGCUGCGUAUGCUCUUUCUACUUACCUUCCCGGGUGGAAAGUGGUAGUGCAGGAUCGGGCGGAGGUGGUCAAAGAUGGACAAGAAAAUUACCAAAAGAUCGGCUCGUCGACCAACCUGGAAUUCGAGGAAGCCGACUUCUUCGAGGAUCAACCGGCGCGUCGUUGCCGGGGAGCAGAUGCUUACUUCCUUCGACACGUUCUACACGAUUGGCCCUUCACGCCCUGCGUCCAGAUCCUGAGCCGCUUGCGAAAAGCGGCCAAGCCGACCACAUCAUUAUUAAUUUGCGAGACUGUUCUGAACCCGCCGCUCACCGAUCCCAAUUCCCUAAUCCUCUUCAACGGCGGAAUGGCUUCAGUCUCAUCUUACACUCGCAAUCUUUCCAUGAUGACUCUUGUCAAUGCAGAAGAGCGCACUCAAGAACAGUUCGUCGAAAUCCUCAACAAGAGUGGCUGGAAGUUGCAGUCGGUUACACCCUUAGCCACCCUUGCGGAUUACUUCAUGAUUGAAGGCAUUCCUGACCCCUCGUGGAAGCAGGAAGAUUAAUUAUCCUAUCUAUGUCAUUGUACAUAACUUACGAAAUUUCUCUUGUGAAGCCUCUUGAGGACUGUUUUAUAAAUCUCAGGUUUCUGGUUGCCCAAUAUAUCUAUUGGCCACAUCUUAUCCUCUAAACUCUCCUCACAUCAAUGGCCACUUUUCUCCAAUACAUACAUGUAUCUGUUUAAGCACAUAAACAUGCACAGCCUUGAACCAAUUGACUAUCUUAUAUCCCAUAUAUCUAUAUAUAUUUAUAUAUAUGUAACUAACAAGAUACCACAAACAACCAAACAAAUGAUCAAACCAAACAAAAAGAAAAUCUGUUGUUGAUGUGUUUUUUAAGAGAAAAAAGAAAAGAGAAUAAGAU